AUGAAACGUAAACACACCACGACAAAAAUUCUCGAUAAAGUUCGAGCUGUCGAACGCCUCCAGGCAGGAGAAUCACUUUUUUCUGUUGGAGCUGCCUACAAUGUUGGGAGGCAAACACUGCUGGAUUGGCUGAAACAAUAUGAGCAGCUCAAGGAAAGCUCUCUUCAUUUAAAUAAUGCAAAUAGAACUCGUAUACAAUCAUCGACACUGUAUCCUAAGACAUCAGAAGCUUUGUUUGUGUGGUUUGUUUAUAUGAGAGAAAAAGGAAUGCCAGUCGAUGGAAUAAUGCUUCGUGCAAAGGCAUUAGCCUUUUUCAGAGAGUUCAAGGAUGGCCCGGAAGAUUUUUGUGCAAGUGAAGGAUGGCUAUCGCAUUGGAAGAAGCGGAACAGCAUUCGUGCUCUUUCGGUGUCUGGAGAAGCUCUGUCAUCAGCAGAUCAUAAUCUCCCUUCUUUUAUGGAGAAAUUUCAACAACUGAUAGAAGAAGAGGAUCUCUGCUAUGAACAAAUCUAUAACGCCGACGAAACUGGCUUAUGGUACAAAACACUUCCAAAGAAGACACUGGCAGAAAAAAUCCAAAAAAGAACUGCCGGAUACAAAGUGAACAAAGAGAGGGUCACAAUUCUUGCCUGUGCUAAUGCAACAGGUUAUCACAAGCUGCCCCUUUUUGUUAUUGGAAAGUCAGAAAAGCCUAGAGCACUCAAACAUGUGAAUAAGUUUGACCUGCCUGUAAAAUAUGGGCAUCAACCAUCCGCAUGGAUGAGCAGAUAUCUCUUCAAGGAGUGGUUUUUCAAUGAUUUCGUCCCGCAGGUUUGUCAAUAUCUGGCAAAUAAAAAUUUGCCACAGAAAGCUGUGCUCCUUCUUGAUAACGCACCAGUCCACCCGGAUGAGAAGGAGUUGGUAUCUGGAGGAAUAAGGGUUUUGUAUUUACCUCCAAACGUCACAGCAACAGUACAACCCAUGGACCAAAAUGUCCUCGAAAAUUUGAAACAAAAAUAUCGACGUAAUUUUCUGGAGUUUAUUGUCCAGCAACUGGAAGAUAACAGGGAUGUGAGGAGCGCUAUCAAGUCUGUAAAUAUCUUAAAUAUUAUUCAUUGGAGCGCUGAUGCCUGGAAUAAUGUGGAUGCCAGCACCAUUGCAAGAAGUUGGAAAGGACUCUUUCUUACAACUUAUAAACCAGAUGAUGACAAUGAUAUCAAUGAAUGUGAUAACCGUGUGGCAGAGAUGGAGGACUUGACAAAUUUGCAACAUUUGUUGAACAAUUUGCCCAUCUCUGAACAUAUUUCAUUAGAAGAGCCGGAUAUCGAAGAGUCUGCUGUACACAACCUUGCUGUGUCGGUGUGUCCGUCGACCAUUUUCUCUCUAGUUGACAAAGUUGUGACGUGUCUGAUGGUGAAAGAUUUGCGUCGCUCAGUGGAAAAAGGUGGUCUCAGGCGUUCCCAAAGAAUGGUCAUGAGGACAAAAAGUGAUGGGCAUCUUGAGGAAGGCACCUGA